CUGAAUUGUGCCUGAUCCUUUUGGUGACCCACUGCCGGCUCUACCGCUCACAUUCGGCACAAGAGUCUUUUGGCCAAUUUCGAGUUGAUGAAACAUCUCCAUCUUGAGAACAAGAGAUGCAAUGUAUUUUCAUGUAUUUUCUCAAUCUUAGUCUUGAUCCUGAGAUUUUUUGUGCAGUGGCUUUUGUUCGCAGCAUGAAGACUGAGCUUUUGGGGGGUCUUCCGCCGCCGUAGUCAUGGCAAUGAGUCUGGUUAUGCGACGCAUCGGCGCCCUGGGGCUUUGCACCAACUGUUGUCCUGAAGUAAGGACACUCACAGACAUCCCACGCGGCUUGUGGCCAGUGAUGUCCUUCUAUGCAGAGCUGCAGCAGCGACAAGACGCCACAGAACUUUUGGAGACGGUGAGAUGGUACGUUGACGCUGCGGCGGCGAACUACCGCAGCUUAAAUCGGCAGUUGCGCCACGGCGGCCGGCUGCAAAAGGCUGCGCUUGGUCACCGGCAGCGGCUGGACCAAUUGGCCAAGAUUGCGCCUCCUCUCUUGGAGCCUCUCACGCUUUGGCGAGGCUUCAGCAGUCUAUCCUUCGUGUCCUAUCUUCAUCAUCUCCAAAAGGUGGAAGAUGAUGAAGAUGGGAGCCAAAGCAAGGACGUGAAAGAUGAUGCGUAUAUGUCCUGCUCCUUGUCACAUUCGAUUGGGAACUUCUAUGCGCGAAGGCAUGCUAUCCUUCCAGAAGAUCUGGAUGAUGCUGUGCUGUUGCGUAUCCAGGUGCCAGCUGUUUGUGUCGCUUGCUGCAGUGGUCUCGACCAUGAAGAGGAAAUCCUCCUCCCUCGGGGCAGUGUGCUUCGAAUUGAUCGAAUUGACCAGCUGGAUCACAAAAAUGGACCGGCGAAUGGCCAAGUGACAGCCAUUUUGACAGCAGAGGCCACUCUGUUGGCUGGUGCUGGUGCAAACACCUCGUUGGAUUCGAGGAAAAGCCUGCGAAGGGUGUCGCUCUAUGCGUUGCCACCCGACAGUGCGGAAGAGCUCACCACGACGUUGCACGUGGCAGAUCCACUGGACCGAUGCGACCGCCGCGAGCGUUGCGGUGAGAACAUCACAGUGGACCUCAGCACCUGGCCAAUUGAGGUGCUUCCGGGUUUGAGCUCGGCGCAUCGAGCACAAGCCCUGCCUCCGCAGACGGUGAUCACCAAUGUGCCCUUUGAUGUGCCCGUUUACUCCUUCGAUGAGUAUGAGAAUCCUGUUGAGACGGGCACAGAUGUCUUCCUUAUGAAGAUGACAGGCCGAGAUCUUUUCCAACUCCACAUUGACCUCAUGUCUUUGCGCCACAACAACAGCCUCUCUCAGUGCCCUGAGCUCUCUCCUGUGCCAGGCGGUGAGAUCUACCAACUCUCUGUUGCUUGGACCAAACACUCUGCAUUCAUGAGAGUGAAGGGAUUAAGGCCGGCGGUGAAGAGGAGCUCCUCUGCGAAUGGCCGCAGCCGAGCGCAGCCACAAGCCAGGCCUGGGCAGAGGGACAUUCCACACAUGCUAGUUCGUCUAUUGGGAGAUCUUCAUAUCGUUUGUGGCUCCCGUCAUGGGGAGGGCACAUGGCUGGCUCCGGAUGGCACAAAGCAGAUCCCUGCUGCCUGCAUGCCAUUGCAGAACUUUUGCCCUCCUUUGGACUUGAACAGCUCCUUCAUAUGGGCUGCAAGUCAUGGCCGUGAUCCGGGCAGUGUUGUGAAGCUGCGAUGCCAAGUAGGUCUGAUUCCAAGUGCAGGCGAUUCCACAUUGGUGUGUGGUUCUGAUGGCAUUUGGCGGAAGCCCAUUUACACUUUGCCCCAGCCACUCAGUGAGGUGCUGAGCUGUGCUCCUCAUCCGAACUUUUGCUCGGAUCCUUCGCCUUUGCUCCUUGAGGGUGCCAUCGCGCACAUGUCCGAGAUGCACUUGAACGCCACUGUGUUGGUGACAUGUGCCGUUGGCUAUGAGCCCAGUGGCGGUGAAGACAUGGGGCUUUGUGGGAUUCACCCCGAGGAUGACAGCCGAGGGCGUUGGGUGAGUCCAUCCAGCAUCAGCAAGGGACAGGUACCUUGGAAACCGUUGCGCUGCCGCUUGAAGCAGAGUUAUUGCCCGACGAUCCAGAUGAGCCACGGGAUGCUGCUUUCCCUCUCCAAGGAGCGGUUCCUCCAGAGCCAAGCGCAUGUGGGCUGUGCAGAGGGUUAUGCGCCCGCUGGGGGCUUCGAUGCCUUCACUUGUGAAGCCUCCACUUCUUUGACGGGCGAAUGGCGUGCUAGUGAUGGAAUCUCAGAUCUCUCGCAAAAGCUUCAGUGCAGCAAGGUCGUGGAGUACUGCCCGGUGCCAGUGCCUCCAGAAGGGACAUACUUUGUGAUGAGUGCUGGGUUGGAGAUGGACAGUGAGGUGGCGCAAUUGGAUGAUGAAGAACUGGAAAGACUCGUUUUAAAACAUGGCAACAAAGUCAGGUCUUUGAAAGAUUAUUGCAAAUCUCUCUUUGGCACAUCUGUCUACAAGCAGCGCCUUCUUAAGAACGGUGAAAUCUUGAGCGAUAACCAUGCCUUGACGGUGAAGUAUCAAAGUCAAUUGCAAACCCGGACCUCCUUGUUGGAGGACAUCGCUCCUUGGUUGGAGGACCUUGCCCUUGGGUUGGAGGAUUCAGCUGGUUCAGCUCCCUUUUCGACCCCUGGACACGUCUUCCACCUCACGACUCUUGGAAGCAGCAGGCAACGGCGACCUUCCCAGCUUGCAGGCCUUGCAGCAGACAAUCACCAAGUGGAAAUCAUGCGCAUUUUGCUGCAAGCGAUGGCUCAUGUCAAUCAAACGGAUGAGGAGGGUCGAUCUCCACUCUGGAUCGCUUCCCAACAUUCCCAGCUGGAUGCUGUGGUUUGUCUUUUGGAAGCUGCGGCAGACGUCGACCAAACGGACCACGCUGGCCAAACACCUUUGUACAGGGCAACAUCUCAUCAACACUCCUCGACAGUAUUGAAGCUGCUGGAAGCCAAAGCUAGUGCCAACAAGUGCUGCCAUGAAACCUCACCGCUUUGGAUUGCCUGCCAGUCUGGAAAUUCGAAAAUCGUGCAGUUGCUGCUGAGUGUGGGCGCGGACAAGAACAAACUGGAUGCUCAAGGCCGAUCUCCUCUCUGGAGUGCUUGUGGUGCCCGUUUAGAGACGGACAACGUCAACACCUCCUUCGGUGACCAUUUGGAAGCUGUGCGACUGUUACUCGAGGCCAGCGCUCACUGUGAUACACCGGACGAGAAGGGGCGAUCGCCCCUGUUGCUUGCCUGUGAACGAGGACGUCUCAAAGCCGUUGGGCUCCUACUCACCGCAAGAGCAACUAUCAGUCAACGUGAUCACGAUGGACAGUCUCCCUUGUUGGUUGCAUGCCAAGCAGGACACUUUGACGUGGCUCACUUUUUGCUCUCCGAAUCUGCAGAUCAUAGCCAGAUGUCGAAACGAGGAGAGACUGCGUUGAUCCUUGCUGUGAAGCACGGACACCUCGACUUGGUGCGUGUUCUGUUGGAAGCGAGAGCGGAUUUUGAUAGACCAGACAUCAAUGGCAAGUCGCCCUUGUUUACCGCUUGCCAAUAUGGACAUGCUGCGGUGUCCUCCGUCCUGUUGAGUGCUGGCGCAGAGAAAGACGCAGCCGACGGUGAAACUCCCACAUGGAUCGCGUCCCGAUCCGGCCAUGCAGAUGUGUUGCGCAUUUUGUUGGCAGCUGCUGCAGAUGUUAAUCAAGCGGCCCAGGGUGUUUCUCCGCUGUGGAUGGCAAGCCGUGCAGGUCAUGUGGAAUCAGUGGAGGUUUUGCUUCAGCUGGCUGACAAAGAGCGAGCAGACUGUGAUGGCAAGACGCCACUGUGGAUCGCUUGCUGCGCUGGGCAUGCUGAGAUCGUCCGAGUUCUCCUCGACGCCUCGUGCCGUUUAGAAGCAGACCGAAGCGGGCGGACGCCCUUGGCUGUGGCCUCCGAGUUUGGUCACGUGGACAUCGUGCGCCUGUUGACGCGUCGCCGAAGGGAACAGGAUUGGAAGGAAGAAGUGAGUGAAGCAAGUCCGUUGAUGGCAGCUGCCCGUGAAGGACACCACGCGGUGGUCGUGGCUUUGUUGGAAGCUGGGGAGGAUGUGAAUCAAGUUGACCGAAAACGGAGAUCUCCUUUGUGGAUGGCCUGUCAAUCUGGUCACUUGCAAGUGGUCCGUUGCCUCUUGAAGGCAUUUGCUGGCUUGGACCAAGCCACCUAUGAGGAGGAGACGCCUCUCUUCACUGCAGCCCUUCAGGGUCACAGCGACGUGCUGAACACACUACUCGAGGCAAAAGCGCAGAAGGACAAGACUAACAAGGACGGCAAGUCACCACUCUGGAUCUCUUGCCGCCUUGGUCACAUGAACGUCCUUGAUGCUUUGCUGGAGCACACUGCGUGCGAUGCUGCGAAGGAACUCGACCAACCGGAGAACCAGGGCCGUGCGCCGCUUUGGAUUGCUGCACGCGUGGGACACCAUCGGGCAGUGCAGAGCUUGCUGAAUGCCAAGGCGGAGAAGGACACGGUUGACCUUGCUGGGAAAACUGCUUUGCUGGUGUCCAGCCGUUUCGGUCACAAAGAUGUAGUCAAUGCAUUGCUUCAGGCGAAGGCGCAUCAGGACCCUGCAGGACCCUGA